AUGGCCGCCAGCCUGUCCUCCUCCCCAGCUCCCCCUUUUAGCUACAUUGGAAUCGAGACUUUCGCUAUGGCAGCCUUCGAGGUCCGCAAUAUGCGAGAAGUCCGACUCUGGUCUCAGCUUACGCACUGGACCGUCAUCAUUAUCUAUUUCCUCUGCACCCUCGGCAUCAUUUUGACGGUUCAAUGGAACCACGGCGGCCUUCUGCUACCGUUUGACCCACGGGCCGCCCCCGACCCAUGCUGUUGUCAUCGGCGUCAGCCCGGUGGAAAGGUGUUUCGCAAACUGGACCCGUGCAACGCUACCUUUCGGCCUGCGGUGGCCUCGGCCGUCACCGGGAUCCUGGUGUUCACGACGCUGUCAGCCGCCAACGCGUCGCUAUACGUGGCGAGCCGGACCCUCUACGGGCUCACGUACCAGGGCGGCAGCGGCGGCGCCGUUCGGAGGUGGCUCCAGCGCAACACCAGCGUGGUCUAGCAGACAACGGGUGCACCCACCAUGUACAUCAUCAUUUACCUGG